CCCUCUCGAGUGAGCAUGCUGGGAUCUGUGUGUACUCACACACUCACGCGAACACACACAUACACACUCUGUGUAGACGCAAGCGAAUAGAUCGCCUGUGUGUUUCGGUGUCGCGCAGGAACUCAGCAGGAGCUCGACCUCGACAGACUGAGAGACCACCACCAUCAUCAAUAUUAUCAUCAUCAAUAUCCUCAUCAUCCUCAUCCUCGGCGCGAGCUCCAGUUCAGCGCGCGUGAAGCCCAGCUGGCACUUCCUGGGGUGUAAGGGACUGCUGCUGUCACGAUGGAUGCCCAAUCACAAGGCCAGCAGCAACCGGUGCCAGUGUUUCAGCCACAGAAAAUCCAACAGGAUGCGGGCUAUAACAGUUUAGCCAAUUUUCACAUCAUAAAGAAGAUCGGAAGGGGACAGUUCAGCGAGGUUUAUCGAGCCGCAUACAUACUAGACCAUACACCGGUAGCUUUGAAAAAAGUGCAGAUAUUCGACUUGAUGGAUGCCAAAGCUCGGCAAGAUUGCAUCAAAGAAAUAGAUCUCCUGAAGCAAUUGAACCACCCCAACGUAAUUAAAUACCACGCGUCAUUCAUUGAAGAGAACGAGCUAAAUAUAGUACUGGAACUCGCAGACGCCGGGGACCUCUCACAAAUGAUAAAGCAUUUCAAGAAACAAAGACGGCUGAUUCCUGAGAAGACGGUAUGGAAGUACUUUGUUCAGCUGUGUAGCGCACUGGAGCACAUGCACUCCCGCCGCGUCAUGCACAGAGACAUUAAACCUGCUAAUGUCUUCAUCACAGCCACUGGAGUGGUGAAACUGGGCGACUUAGGCUUGGGACGCUUCUUCAGUUCCAAAACAACUGCAGCUCAUUCUCUAGUGGGCACCCCAUAUUACAUGUCUCCCGAGCGAAUACACGAAAACGGAUAUAACUUCAAAUCUGACAUCUGGUCGCUAGGCUGUCUGCUCUAUGAGGUAAGGUAUAGAAACCCAUCCCAUCACUCCCCCUCCUCCGUUUAUACACCCCUACCCUCCCUUACUCUCCCAUUCUCUUCCCGAGCUUCUGCCAGCGCUGUUCGUCUCCUUUUGUGAGACUCAAUCCUACAC